CGCUCUCCGGGGGUAUUGUGUCAGGAGAUGCAGGCUGGCUACCAUGUGACGCGGUCCAGAGCUGAAGGGAUUGGCCAAGGCAGCGCAGGCGGUGCAGCUCGCCGGCUUGCUGUUCCUCUGCCUUUCUCUCUCAGCAUCUUCCUGGGAGCCUGUAGGUGAAGCAGCACCAGCAGCAUCCAUGGCCUGUCGUUCGGGUUAACACUUAUCUCCUUUGGCUUGGCAGCAAGCAGAACAGACCUCAGCAGCUGCAUCGCAAGGAUUUAGCUGGGACCUGGAAGCGUACCCUCCUGUGUUUUUUCUGACUCCUUGGAAAUUAAGGAAUGCAAUUCUGCCACCAUGAUGGAAGGACUGAAAAAACGUACACGGAAGGCCUUUGGAAUACGGAAGAAAGAAAAAGACACUGACUCUACAGGCUCACCAGAUCGAGAUGGAAUGCAGGGGAAAAAAAAGGCCCAGAAGACGCAGCUUCUCCUCACCUCUUGCUUCUGGCUCAGAGCCCUCUCCUUAACUCUCUCUCAGCAGCCCAGCCCCCACGAGCCACCCUACCAUAGCAAAGCAGAGUGUGCGCGUGACGGCGGAAAGAAAGCUUCGAAGAAAAGCAAUGGGGCACCAAAUGGAUUUUAUGCAGAAAUCGAUUGGGAAAGAUAUAACUCUCCUGAGCUGGAUGAAGAAGGCUACAGCAUCAGACCCGAGGAACCAGGCUCUACCAAAGGAAAGCACUUUUAUUCUUCAAGUGAAUCCGAAGAGGAAGAAGAAUCGCACAAGAAAUUCAAUAUCAAGAUUAAACCGUUGCAGUCUAAGGACGUCCUGAAGAACGCGGCAACUGUGGAUGAGCUGAAGGCUUCAAUCGGCAACAUCGCCCUUUCCCCGUCGCCUGUGAGGAAAAGUCCGAGGCGUAGCCCGGGUGCAAUUAAAAGGAACUUAUCCAGUGAAGAAGUCGCAAGACCCAGGCGCUCAACCCCAACUCCAGAACUUACAAGCAAGAAGCCUCUGGAUGACACUCUGGCCCUUGCUCCCCUCUUUGGUCCACCAUUAGAAUCAGCUUUUGAUGAGCAGAAGACGGAAGUUCUUUUAGAUCAGCCUGAGAUAUGGGGUUCAGGCCAACCAGUUAACCCAAGCACGGAGUCGCCAAAGCUAGCAAGACCUUUUCCCGCUGGAACACCUCCACCUCUGCCUCCAAAAACCGUACCAGCCACCCCGCCUCGGACAGGCUCCCCCUUAACAGUUGCAACAGGAAAUGACCAGGCAGCCACAGAGGCCAAAAUUGAGAAACUACCAUCCAUCAGUGACCUGGACAGCAUUUUUGGCCCAGUGUUGUCCCCCAAGUCUGUUGCUGUUAAUGCUGAAGAGAAGUGGGUCCAUUUCUCUGAUGCAUCCCCGGAACAUGUUACUCCAGAGUUGACUCCAAGGGAAAAGGUGGUGACCCCACCAGCUGCAUCAGACAUCCCAGCUGACUCCCCAGCUCCAGGCCCGCCUGGCCCCCCAGGCUCUGCAGGUCCCCCAGGGCCUCCUGGUCCUCGCAAUGUACCAUCUCCGCUCAAUUUAGAAGAAGUCCAGAAGAAAAUCGCUGAGCAGACCUUCAUUAAAGAUGAUUACUUAGAAACGCUCUCAUCUCCUAAAGAGUGUGGGUUGGGACAGAGAGCAACUCCACCUCCCCCACCACCACCCACCUACAGGACUGUGGUUUCGUCCCCCGGACCUGGCUCGGGCAGUGGUACGGGGACCACCAGUGGUGCGUCGUCUCCUGCUCGGCCAGCUACCCCCCUAGUUCCUUGCAGCAGCACCUCUCCACCUCCACCUCCUCCCCGACCUCCAUCCCGGCCAAAGCUACCUCCGGGAAAGCCUGGAGUUGGAGAUGUGUCCAGACCUUUCAGCCCACCCAUACACUCCUCCAGCCCUCCUCCGAUAGCGCCCUUAGCCCGGGCUGAAAGCACUUCCUCAAUAUCAUCAACUAACUCCUUGAGCGCAGCCACCACUCCCACAGUUGAGAAUGAACAGCCUUCCCUCGUUUGGUUUGACAGAGGAAAGUUUUAUUUGACUUUUGAAGGUUCUUCCAGGGGACCCAGUCCCCUAACAAUGGGGGCCCAGGACACCCUCCCAGUGGCAGCAGCGUUCACGGAAACUGUCAAUGCCUACUUCAAAGGAGCAGAUCCAAGCAAGUGCAUUGUUAAGAUUACAGGAGAAAUGGUGUUGUCCUUUCCUGCUGGCAUCACCAGACACUUUGCCAACAACCCAUCCCCAGCUGCUCUGACUUUUCGGGUGGUAAAUUCCAGCAGGUUAGAGCACGUCCUGCCGAACCCCCAACUUCUCUGCUGUGAUAAUACACAAAAUGAUGCCAAUACCAAGGAAUUCUGGGUAAACAUGCCAAAUUUGAUGACUCACCUAAAAAAGGUCUCUGAACAAAAACCCCAGGCUACAUAUUACAAUGUGGACAUGCUCAAAUAUCAGGUGUCUGCCCAGGGCAUUCAGUCCACACCUCUGAACUUGGCGGUGAACUGGCGAUGUGAGCCUGCGAGCACUGACCUACGCAUAGAUUAUAAGUACAACACGGAUGCCAUGACCACCGCAGUGGCCCUUAACAACGUGCAGUUCCUGGUCCCCAUAGACGGAGGAGUGACCAAGCUCCAGGCUGUACUUCCUCCAGCAGUCUGGAAUGCCGAACAACAAAGAAUAUUAUGGAAGAUCCCUGAUAUCUCCCAGAAGUCAGAAAAUGGAGGCGUAGGUUCUUUACUGGCGAGAUUUCAAUUAUCCGAAGGCCCAAGCAAACCUUCCCCGUUGGUGGUGCAGUUCACGAGCGAAGGGAGCACCCUAUCUGGCUGUGACAUUGAGCUCGUUGGAGCAGGGUACCGGUUUUCACUCAUCAAGAAGAGGUUUGCUGCAGGAAAAUACUUGGCAGAUAACUAACAAAAUGUCAUACAAGGAUUCGGAAGAUCCGUGUCCUGGAGAACUGUCCCGUGAGAGACAUGGUUUAAUCUGGCUUGCUGAGAACAAACCGAUGUCCGUCCUUGGGGUCCGUCAGCUGGAAGGUCCUGGCUUUCAGCAGAGACUCCCCACAGGCAGUUCUAUGACGAUCAGUCCUACAGUAUUUACUUCUAGGUGUAAUAUUGUUAAUGGUUUUAAAAUGUAAUUAUUGUAUUUGUAAACUGUACCUUCAUUCCAGUAAGGCAGUUAGACACUUGAGUUUUAGCAUUUUUCAUUCCUGAAACAGAUGUAAUUUAAACUGUGGUAUGUAUAUUUAAAAGUAGUCCUGUUGAAUGGCACAAUGCUUACAGAGAUGCAGUGCAUUUUGUCAAUAUAUAAAAUUUAAAUAUAAUGUUGAUAGCUACCAUAAAGGGGGUGCACACAUCAGGAACCUUAAAUGGAACCAGAAACAAACCAACCAACCAACCCUGACUUUUCUUCACUCCUUAUUAUGUUUUCUUCUAGUGCUAAAGAAAACUUCUAGCUUCAGGUUAGUGGGUUAAAUUCAGAAACUAUUUCAGAAAAAAAAAAACAAAAAACAAAAUUCUAAAGUUACAGCAUAUUCAAAGAGAAGCAUUAAUUGCCACUUUUUAAAAAGCUUUUUUUUCAAACUGCAAAUUUCAUAAAAAUGCAAACUGUGUAAACAGGGCCUCUUAUUUUUAUAACUUGUGUAAAAAGGGAAAAAUCAAUUCAUAUUUAAAGUUGAAGUAUAUUAAAUUAUAUCCAGGAGUGAAGAGGAUGCUGAAGUCUUACCUGACCCUAGUCCCCUUCUUCGCAGUUUAACAAAUGUGGAGAUUGCUGAGUCAUCA